AUGCAGCCCAACGUAGAAGAACCUCGACCACUUAACGUUAAAGAUGCCCUGACGUAUUUGGAUAAAGUAAAAUCCAAGUUUAGUUCUCAACCGGAAGUGUAUACUCGUUUCCUAGAUAUAAUGAAAGAUUUCAAGGGUCAGCUAAUCGAUACGCCCGGUGUAAUUGAACGGGUCUCUACUUUAUUCCGUGGUAAACGGGAUUUGAUAUCAGGCUUCAGUACUUUUUUGCCAACAGGAUAUCAUAUUGAAUGUACAGCCGACGACGAUAACCGUAAUAUAAUAAAAGUGACAGCCCCUACAGGUACUUUUUCUAUUCUGGAAAGUGAACCGUUUGAACAGAGUAAAUCAAAUACAGCUGAGAAUGGUCAAAUGUCACAAUCACAACAGCAACACCAACCGCCCUUAGAGUUUAAUCAGGCCAUCAGUUAUGUCAAUAAAGUCAAAAAUCGUUUUUUGACGCAACCUGAUAUUUAUAAAAGAUUUCUAGAGAUAUUACAGACUUAUCAAAAGGAUCAGAGAUCCAUUCAGGAAGUCUAUGCAGAGAUUACAAUUCUGUUUGAAGGUGCCAAUGAAUUACUCGACGAAUUCAAGCACUUUCUACCAAAACCAAAUCAACAGCCAUCAAACGCACAGUAUAUACCCCCUUUGAUUGAAAAUGAAAUUCAAGUAUCCAAUGUGAGAUCCAAUCUCCCUCUUACCCAGAACCAAGAGCCCGUGCAUUCCGGUAUAAGGCCUACUUUUUCGGCUGAGGAAGCAGAAUUCUUCGAGAACGUCAAAACGUAUAUAGGGAAUAAAGCAACUUACAAUGCUUUUCUUAAAGUGCUUAACCUUUUCAGUCAACAAAUUGUUGAUCAAAAUGUUCUCGUUAACCGAGUGGAAAGCUUUAUUGGCGGCAACCUAAAGCUCUUUAAUUGGUUUAAGCGAUUAGUAGGCUACGAUGAAAUUGAUUAUCUAUCUCCUGAUACAGUUUUAUUCCCCCAUCAUUCAACAUCAACAAAUAGAAAGGAUCAGAAGAAAGAAUACGGGCCGAGCUAUCGACGUAUCAGGAAAAGUAUGAAAAACCGCAGUUGUGGAGGUCGGGAUGCAUUGUGCUGGGAUGUCCUUAACGACAGUUAUGUCUCGCAACCGACUUGUCCUUCAGAAGAUACGGGCUUUGUAGCAGCCAAAAAAAAUCAGUACGAAGAAGCUCUGCAUCGAGUAGAAGAGGAGCGGUAUGAUUACGAUUCGAAUAUUGAAGCCAACUUGAACACUAUUGCUUUAUUAGAACCUAUCGCGAAAAAGAUCAGUAUAAUGACGCCAGAGGAGAAAGCAAAUUUUAAACUCACAUCUGGAUUGGCAGAUCCGUCCCGAACAGUAUAUCAACGUAUUAUGAAGAAAAUAUACGCACACAGAGCGUUAGAGAUGAUGGAUUUACUGCAUAAUAAUCCAGCACAGGCGGUACCUAUUGUAUUAAAACGAUUAAAGCAGAAGGAUGAGGAAUGGAAAAGAGCACAACGUGAAUGGAAUAAAAUAUGGCGCGAAGUCGAGGCCAAGAAUUAUUGGAAAUCAUUGGAUUAUCAAGGCAUUUCUUUCAAAAUUAGUGAUCGCAAAGCCAUCACUACGCGAUCCUUAAUAGCACAGGCCACUUCAUCAGCAAUGUCGUUUGAACUCACAAUCUCGGAUUCAUCUAUAUUUAAAGACAUAUCAAGGUUAAUCUACUUUUAUUUGGACAAACAACCUAUUUACAACUCAGAAGACUGUGCUUCAAUGCGUAACUUCAUGGAUACCAUAAUACCUAUAUUCUUUGACGUAGUGGAUGUCGCACCUUCGACUAUCGAUAGUAUAGAAAUUCUUAUGGGUGACGAUGUUGUAGUUGAAGACGAGGAUGAAGAUGAGGAUGAUAAUGGCUCUUCUUCACAAUCCUCAGAAGAAUAUAAUACAAAACCCAACAAUAACGUGCGAAGUAAUUCGUCAACAACGAGAAGAACCAGAAGAGGUCGGCCAGCAAAUAAUAAUGAUGACGAUGGACUUCUCAAAGACGUUUUAAAACGUAACAUAAACACAAAGAAAAAGCCUUCUACUGCUAUUCUGGAAGAUGACGAUGAAAGUAGUGCAACUGAGAUUGAUGAUGGUGAUAAUGAGCAAACUCAGGCAGUAGAAAAGGAGGACGAAGAAAUGAGCGAUGCUCUACAGCGUCAGUCUUUUGAAAACAGUCAAAAAGAAGAUGAUGAAACAACAUCGAGUGAAAGCUCUUCUCAAGUUUCUGCGCAACAGGCUCCGUUUAAGCAGAAGCUCGUCAAUAAUAAUAUUAAUAGUAGCUCUAAUACCAGCAGCAAUAUUGGUAGCAGGGAGAACAGUCGGAAACCAACUCAUCUCAAAAUUAAUACUUUAGCUUCUUUGAUUGAGCAGCAACAACUACAACAACAACAGCAACGAAGUCAAUCUCAGAAAUCUAUGUCUGAUAUUGCUUCAUUCACAACGGACAAUGAUGAUGAGCAAGCCAUACACCGCUUUUUUGGCGACAACGGAUUUUAUUGUUUCUUUCGACUAUACCAAAUUUUAUAUGAGCGUCUCUACAAGAUGAAAUCAUUAGAUACCGAGUUUCGAAAUAAUCCUCGAAAAGCUGAAAAAGCACGCGUAGAAGCGCACGAUUUAGGCAUUACACCUAAGAGGUUUAAAGCCUUGCAAAUGGAUACUAAACGUGGAUACUAUAAUAUUUUGCUAUGCUUGAUCGAUAAACUAUUUGAGGGUGAUAUUGAUCAGCAAACAUUUGAGGAAUGCGUGCGCUACGUAUUUGGUGCAGAUGCGUAUAUAAUGUUCACAAUUGAUAAGUUGGUCUUAGCCAUUGUUCGUCAUAUUCACAUUAUUGUUGCUGAUAAUCAAUCACAAGAAUUAUGCGACUUAUUUUUGAAAGAAUAUGAAAAAGGGCAGAAUGACCCGAACCCUUAUUUAGAAAAGGUCAUCAGAAUUGUCAAGCCAAAUAAUAUUUAUUAUAUUACGUUUUCAACAAGUACUCGAAAGCUGCGUAUGAGAUUUCUAAAAGAUGGAACUUUGGACGGUACGGAGAUUGAUUAUGAUGAUUAUGUGAAGAAUUAUAUUGAUUGGUCCAAAGAAACAAAAGGCAUAAAUGUCGCAACGUUAACCCCACGAUUCUUAAAGAGAAAUUUGAAAUGCAAAGCGAAUCAAUCAAACAACGUCAGAGUACGUUCUGGAAUGCAAUAUAAGAUAUGCCGAGAUACCUAUCAUAUGUUUUACAUUAUCGGUACGGAGGAUGUGUUUAUUCGAUAUAAUAAUAAUGGCUUGCCGAAAGCGGUAAAAACGACAGAUGCCAAGAAUAAUGAUAGUGAUAACCGACGAAGAUUGAAUUCAAAAUGGCAAGAAUGGCUGAACCAACGCUGGCAUCGUGACCUAACGCAGGAUGAGAAAAUUACCGCUGAAAAUGUAGCAAGAGCGAGAUAUUACCCAUCCUAG